UCUGGAUACACUAAAUUUUCCCUAACUCCUGACAUCCUCGAUUUGGGACUAUGGGACAUCUUCUCCGUUAGGAGUUACGUUCUGAGCCCCUUCGCGGGCGUGUGCAGUAUUCCUGUAAUGAGGGAAAGUGAGCUGCGUGUGCAGCCAGCGCCACUGCACCCUGGAGUGUCUCGACGCUUUGAAGGCUGGCGAGAGCAGCGAGGUUUGCUGUCUGAACUGCGGAGGCGAGCAUCAUGUAUGGGCCCGGCAUUGCUCCCAGCGUGUGAGGAGGCUUCCUCCUUCCGCUCGUGUGGGUUCUUGGCGGAUGGGAUGGUGUGGUGAGCCUGCUACCCGCGCGGACUUUCAACCAGCCUGCGACCCUCCAGCAGCGCAGCAAUCCCCUGUGCCAGCGGCUCCGCCGUCGAAUAAGCGGAAGAGAAGGCAUAGGAAAGUGACCCUACCUGCCUUAGUCGCCCCUGCCCCUUCAGCUCCAUAAAAGCAAGACGCGCCAACGCAGACUUGUAAGAAGAUCCGGAUCCUGACGGAAGAAGUUGUCACACAGACGGAAACCAAAGAAGCGGAGACGAUGACCGAGGACGUCACCGAGACCCACGCAGGAAGAACGGUCAUCUUCCCGUUCCUUGAACUGGCGGGUAUCCUUCUCAGUUUGCGCGAGCUCACACAGAAAGCCUCAAAGCCGAAAACACAUUCUGCUGGCCGGACGUAGUGUGCCUGGGAAGAAGCUGUUUGCGAGCGAGACCUUCGAGACUCCCAAGCUCGGGAAACUGUAUACACACGUCCCCAAGUGCAAGAAGGACAUGAAGAUAUAAGAACGUGACAACGACUGCGACUGCACGUGCCCAGAGUGAAGCUGGAACGAGUACCCUAACCCCAAUCCCAAGACGUCUAUCUGCACCUGGGUCAAAGCCCAAAUAUUUUUCUCCCUAAAAUUCUUUUCCUCCCCACCUAUUCUUCAUCCAACCCCCAAUCCCAUGCUCCUCCUCUUUUCAUGUACUGUGAUCUACUAUACUGUACUAGUUCUUCCUUAAUCAGUUUCUUAUUUCCCUGAGUCACCUGAACAGUACGUACCAUCAAAAUCAAGACUACCAACACUAGGCGCCGAAUCCUCCAAUACUGAUAAACAAACCCCACGCGUAGCUUCUGAUCUUCCUCUCAAGCCACCGGUGUGAGAGGGAAGGUACCCGCGAUAUACGGCGGUACAGCUGACAGGAAGAGGAAGAGUAGGAGUUGAGAGGCGAGAGGAAGAGAGGGGAUUAAUACAAAUAGCUGAGAGAGGAGAGAGAGAGAGAUUAAUACAAGGUUAACAGUUCAGUCCUCAAAAUGCCUUACGCCAACCAGCCUUCCCUCAACCUGAUGGAGCUGACGGAGGAGAACAUCAAGUUUUCAAUAGAAGACACCGACCUAAGCGUGGCCAACAGCAUCCGGCGCAUACUCAUGGCAGAGACUCCAACCAUCGCCAUUGACUGGGUGCAACUAGAGGAGAACUCAACCGUGCUCAGUGAUGAAUUCAUCGCUCACCGCAUUGGCCUCAUCCCCUUCACCUCGGAUGAGCGGAUUGAGCAAAUGCAGUAUUCCAGGGACUGUUCAUGCACCGACUACUGUCCUGAGUGUUCUGUUGAGUUUACCCUGGAUGUUAAGUGCCAAGACGACCACACCAGGCAGAUCACCACCGCCGACCUCAAGUCUUCUGAUGCGCGGGUCAUCCCAGUCACCUCCAGGCACCGUGAGGACGAGGCUAGCGAGUAUGGCGAGAGUGAUGACAUCCUCAUUGUCAAGCUUCGCAAGGGCCAGGCGCUGCGACUCCGUGCCUACGCUGUCAAGGGGUUCGGCAAAGAGCAUGCCAAGUGGAACCCGACCAGCAGUGUGGCCUUCGAAUACGACCCAGACAAUGCCCUCCGCCACACACUCCUGCCCAAGCCUGAGGAGUGGCCCAAGAGUGAAUACUCCAACCUGGAUGAAAAUACACCCCAGGCAGACUUUGACCCAUCAGGCAAACCCAACAAGUAUUUCUUCAACGUGGAGAGUUCUGGCUCCCUCAAACCUGAGAACAUUAUCCUGAUGGGCAUUGCGGCACUCAAGAAGAAGCUGUCCGACCUGCAGAAUCAGCUCAGUAUGGAGGCGCAGAGCGACGCUCUGGCUAUCAACUAACAUUUGUGUCGUCGUUACCAUUGUCACCAUCAUUGUCCCUGUCUGUCUCUUUCUCAUCUUGUGUUGUCAUGUAUUUUAUUUGUCUUUUUCUCUUUCUUUCCUAUGCGCUUAUUUUUUCUCUCUUUUUAUAGUUUGGUGUCAUAAUCUUCUAUCACUUUUUUUUUUUACUUUCUCUCCUAUGCACUUUUUCUCUCAUUUUCUUUUUUUGGUGUGUCACAAUCUCCCGUCAGUUUUUUUUUUCUUUGUUUCUUCCUCAUUUUUCCUUUUCAUCUCUCUAUAUUUAUAAGUUAUUGUAUGUUGCAUCUUAUCUUUAAAGGGAUCAUUUAAAAUUUCAUUACACCGAUUGUGUCACUAAGUAUGUUAAUAAUCACCAUAAAUCAUCAUAAGCUCCAUGAAAAAUUUUGCAGACAAUUUCAUAAUAUUACAACCGGUAUAUAUUGUUACUGUGGAUGUGUGUAAACAUUUCUUCACUAUAAAGAAAGUGUCCACCAAUCAGAUA